UGAGGAGUCUGGUUUGUUGCAUUCAGUGAGAGAAGCUGUCAUAGAAAAAGCAAAACGUAGUAGAUAGUAAAAUAAGGGCAAUGGUUAAUCCUGUAAGAUUCCGUUGUAUUUAUUUGGCACAUAACAAAUACUUUAAGCUAGGAAAACUACUGUUGGCUAUGACUUCUGUAAUUGCAGAAAUGCAAACAAACGGAGAGUCUUGGGACAUUUGCCUAAUUCAGCACAAAUAUUGGAAAUUUAUUGGUUUUAAAACAAAAAUCAUUAUUUUAUUAAUUUGUUUACUAAAAACACAUCACAGUAGAAAGAAUCAGUAUUUUUAAGUAUAACAUUAAUUUCAAGUAGUAAUAUAUUGAAACCCAGAUUUAUAGUUUAAAACUUCAUUGACAGGCAGAAUCAUCAUUUUCAAGAGUCACACCUUUUCGAUAACAUAUAACACUAAACGUUUUUGUUUAGUGUCUGUUUGCGAGCCAGUGAUUACAAUUGCAAUUAAUUGCAAAAUGGCAAGAACAGAAUGAGUCGGUCAAAAGAUUAUGACACUUAACAAAAACAAAAUCUGUGUGGAAGAUAUGUGUUGAUAUGUUACACUUUGCUUGUCAAUGGACUUUUCUUAUGAAACCAAUACACAUAUUCACAGAAUUUAACAAGCAUCCCAAGACUUUCUAUAUAUAAUACACUCUUUUACUGUGGUCUCAUAAUCUCCAGUCUGUUUUUCUCAUUGUUCAAAAGACAAAGGAAAGCCACCAAAAUCCAAGAAAAAAGAUCCAGUGGACAUGUUUCUGAUAGACGAGGAGAAGCCAAAUUUCAGCACUAGACCGAAAGGUGAUUCCUGAUGAUUUGUAUAUUAACAAUAUUCCAACCUAGAAAGAUGAGGCCCUGAGACGAAGGUGCUGGUAAGAUGAAGGCAAAUCGGAGAGCGAUGACAGCGAACCUGAAACCAAACCCAGUAAAACCAAGAGGAAAGAUAACACCAGUCCUGGCUCCAUGUUCCGGGCCGGAGGAGACAACAAGAAGGAAAAGGAGAAGGAUAGAAAGGGGAAGAAGAAAGGACAUAAAAAGGCUAAGGAGAGUGAAGACGAGGACUCAGAGGUGACCAUGAAGAAGAAGAAAAGCAAGGGGAAGAAGAGCAAAAAGGAGGAAAGACCGCCGUCACCUGUCAUCGAGUUUGAUGACCUGGAGGAGUUUGUGUUGCAGCCAGCUCCACAGGGCAUCACGAUCAAAUGCAAGGUGACGCGUGACAAGAGAGGCAGGGACCGCGGAUUCUACCCCACUUAUUACCUGCACCUGGACAAUGAAAAGAAGGCCUUCCUGCUGGCUGGCCGCAAACGCAAGAAGAGCACGACCUCGAACUACCUGAUCUCCACUGACGCCACAGACCUGUCGCGGGGUGGAGAGAAUUACAUUGGGAAGUUGAGGUCGAAUCUGAUGGGGACCAAGUUCACCGUGUUCGAUGACGGCCUGAACCCUGACAGGGCCCUGCCGGAUCUGUCCAAUGCACGGCAGGAGCUGGCGGCCGUGAUCUAUGGGACAAAUGUGCUGGGGUUUAUGGGCCCCAGGAAGAUGACAGUGAUCAUCCCAGGAAUGGAUGAAUGCAAUGAGAGAGUGCCGAUACGACCUCGAAACGACUCUGAUGGGCUCGUGAUGAGGUACCAGGACCGGCAGAUGGACGGCCUAAUUGAGCUGCACAACAAGACCCCAGUGUGGAACGACGACUCGGCCUCCUACGUGCUCAACUUCUCAGGCCGCGUAACGCAGGCGUCUGUGAAAAACUUCCAGAUCGUCCACAGCAAAGACAACAGCUACAUCAUAAUGCAGUUUGGGCGCGUGGCUGAUGACACCUUCACACUGGAUUACAGCUACCCCCUGUGUGCGGUCCAAGCCUUCGCCAUCGCACUGUCCAGCUUCCAUGGGAAACUCGCCUGCGAUUGAGAGCUGCAGGAAGUGAUGUCGUCAGCUGUGGCAGCGAGCCUGGGGAAGACCCCGCGUGUCAUUUUUAUUUCAGUCGGGUGGGUUAGCUGGCUUACUGGAUCAGGAAAUGGACCUGAUUCUCAUGUGUUUUAUUAUUUGCAGUGAUAUAUUAAGUCUUAAAUCAAAAGUGAAGUGCUCAGUGGAAAAUGUAAUAAAAAAUUGUAUAUGCCAA